GAACCGAGGAUCAAGACCCAUGUCGUUGUGGGAGACCCAAAGGAGAAGAUAUGUGAAGCUGCACAGGAUCUGAAUGCUGAUGUGCUUGUGAUGGGGUCCCGUGCAUUUGGCGCUAUUAAGAGGAUGUUCCUUGGCAGUGUUAGCAACUACUGUGCCCACCAUGCUCAGUGCCCAGUCAUUAUUAUCAAGGGAAAGGACAAUGUCGACAAGAAAAACUAGAUCGGUGGCCACAUUUCAGUUGCCGUUGAUGAAUCCCUUCAUUUGAUCAAAAGCUUUUUCUUGCUUGUGAUUUGGUAUCCUUUGCUGGACACAAUCUGUCAGAUCCUGGUGUUUUCACAUUUUCAGAACGGUGGUGCUGUCUUGUGUGUAAAGUCUUAGCAGUUAAAGUGGCUCAGAGCUGUGUUGUUACAACUUGAAUUCUUGUUCUAAAGGGUUUUGCCCCAAGAAAGGUUGUAUUCUUUAAUUUCUUCAACUCAUUUGCUCUCUGCUCAAUCAUUUCUUGUCAGUUGAGCAUAUUCAGUAAGCUGGUAUAAGUGUCAAGUUGGGAGUGUAAAUACUGUUUUGGCUUUGAGCUGGGUCCAGUAUAUGUCGGGGGUGAUGAAUAAAUAAUAGAUUAAACAUAAAUUUAUAUGUAUAAUGACAUUGAAAUUUAGAAGGGCCAUGAUUAUUGUUAAUUUCUUAUGUACGGAAAAAUUAACAUAUGGAUUCAGCAUAUUCUACAAUUCUAUUUGGGAUAUGGUUUAGUUGUCA